UGCUGGAUACCGCUAUAUUUCCUAUUGAAGGCGAAACGGAAAGUCGUGUAUCUGUUGAUUUAACGUGAAUUUCUUCCAUUAACUCACAAAAUAUAGCUAAAGUUCCGAACAACCACGUAUAGUUUAAAGGCGUAAAAAACAUUCCCUGUUUUUAUUGCAACGCGAAUUGUUUAUACCGGUGUGCGAGAACUUAACAAUCACUUCAUAUAACUUAUCGACCCAGUGAUAUAUGCGACUAUUGUGUUAUAAUUGAUGCAACUGGAAAAUGACGAUAUCGUCUCUUGAGCUGGUCAGUGUGCGAGCCUGAAACAUUUUCCGGGUCUCUCGAUUCAAUCUCAAAUGCAACAUACUAGCCUGGCAGCUCGAGAAAAUGUUGCAGCAUGCUGAAAUAUAAAGUGCAAGAUAAACAAUGCGACGAGAGACUGCAAAACGUCGUCAAGUGCAGGGUUAAAAUUUACAAAAUUACCAACAUGCAAAGGUGUCCGUACAUUCACGAAAUGAAGGAACGCCUUUUGGGGGAACAGCUCCCCGGAGAUCCCACAUCUGACAAGCUGGCGCAGCCGCCACAGCCUUUAAAGAUGGACCAACAACAACUUCUUCCUUCGCAACAACCUGUAGCUACUAUAGUUAAGUUAAAUCCGGAUGGAUAUGGCUCUCACACAUCGCCCACCCAUCAUAGAGUCGAUAGAACGCCCCUGAUGCCAAAACAACCUGAAGACGAUUUUCAACAUUACUAUACCAAAACCUUUCCGAAAAAUGCCAAAACAUCACUCUUUAUAAUAAUGAGUUUUGUCUACGCCAAACUACUAGUUGUAGUAUGUGUCGCGUAUGUCAUAUCGGAUGUAGUCACCCACAAUAUUCCCCUUUAUUAUUACGAGGGAUUCUUCACUUACUUAUACGGCAUGAGUAUACUCUUCCUCCUCUACGUGUUCUGCUUCUUGCUUCAAGAAAGCGCAUGUUGUUCUGGAAAUGAAAAGGAAAAAAAGGUGAAGCCUCCCCCUAAGCAAAAAUCGAAAGAGAAAGAAAAAGAGAGGAAGAAAGAAGAGGAGAAGAAGAAGAAGGAGGAGAAGGAAAAGCAGAAAAUGGAGGAAAAGCAAAAAAAGCAGAAGGAAAAAGAAAAGGAAAAAGAGAAAGACAAGAAAAGCAAGAAGCAAGAAAAGAGGGAGAAAUUUCCACGUAAGAUGCGUGAUGUUGUGCAAAGCAGGACGGAAUUAAAUAACUCGAAGAGCACCACGUACCGGCGCAACAGCGAGGGCGUCGUCGACGCCGAGGACGUGGUGCCCGUGCCUGUGGCGGAAUUAUCCAAAUCCGCGGCACUCCGUCACCAAUCUUCCCCUGUUGUCUCACAGGGAUCGCAGCCGCAGCCGCAGCCGCAAGAGCCACCAAGCGCAGUACCACCACCACCCGUCUUGCCACCGUCGGCACCCGUCGCCGGUCACCCCGUUACGAACAACGUAGACCUGGAGAGCGGCGUCGUAGUGCAACAAGUACCGCCCACCAGGGAAGCACAACAGGUCACCACGAAAUCAAAAUGCAAGAGGAAAACGACACAAAACGAUCACAGCCACGGGAGUUUCUUUUUGAGGAUCGGUGCUAUCGCUUUUGGUUUGGGUACGAUGAUCUACAAUGGACUAGAAUUUGGUUCCUUUUUCGAGGUUCCAUUUACAUCUCCAUGUUACAUGAUCUUAAGGGGCGUGAACCCGGUACUCCAAAUGAUAUUCACCUUUAUGCAAAUGUAUUUCAUCUUCAUGAAUUCUCGGCUGAAUAUUCACAGGUUUAAAGUAGUUGCCAGAUUUGGUCUGAUGCAUGUCGUUGCUACGAACAUUUGUGUAUGGAUCCGAACUUUGGUAUUGGAAUACAUAAAAGAAAUAACCCUUUACCACCACUACCUUCUCAAUGACACUACAUCUACAGAAAUGGCCCCAUUUGCAGAAAGUAUCCGACAACACACAUUACGAAACGCUAACACUGUACUAGGCACGCACGUCGCGAAACCCGAUGUAAUAACCACCAGCACCACCGCUUCGAGCUUACUAGCUGCUGUCACGACAGCAUCGACACCAGCUUCCGUAAAAAAAUUCGUAACAACCACUGCUCGUAACGCUUACCCGAUAUUUAAUAACAUCAUCACCACCACAACAACGUUGCCGCCUACAACCACCAGAAAUGUGUUCACCACCGUGAAAACCAUACCCACGGCAAUGUUUCGGAUUCGGACAACCGUGGCACCACCCACAACUACUACGACUACCACGACCCUAUUCCCAUUCAUGAUGGGUAUGAGAACAACCGCGUCAAAGAUGUGGAGAGCUUUUACGACUGCGAGCACUACCACGUUUCCCGCCACUACCCCCACUACACCGAGGACUCACGCACCCACCACCCAUGCUACAUUGAAGCAUUUCUUCGACUUUGGAAGUUUCGAUAGCUUUAUGUCUAAUGAUGUUGCCAGUGUCGCAGAAGAGCCGGAACUGUUAUCGAAUGAUUUGAGUCAUCAAUCAUCCAUGCUGGUCAAUAACAAUUCGGAGAUAUUAGACAAUAUUAUGCCUCAAGCCUUAAUAAAGUACUUCAAUCAGUCCCUCUCUAAUGAUAGCUGUGGCAGGAUAAAUAUUAUGGGAACCAUCGUUCAGGAUUCCGCUCCUUACUUGUUUCCUUUCAUUAUUGAAUACUCGCUCAUCGGCGCGGCUGUAAUUUACGUGAUGUGGAAACACAUUGGAAGAAAUCCAAGGUUCGUGACACAGGAAGACCUGGAGCACAGACUGGAAAUCAUGCUUUCGCGCAGGGCCGUGGCCAUGGCUCAAGCUCAACAGGGCCGGGUGGAUUGUGUCGGCGCAUCAAAAGGACUAUUCUUUGGCUUGCUUAUGCUCGUUGGUUCUUUAAUUUGCCUGAUCCUGUUUUUCGUGUUGAUUCGUAACCCCGAACUGGGACUUCUGGCGAUUUAUCUGGCCGAUGUUUCUCAUUGUGUUCUAAUGGUGCUCAGCAUUUUGGCAAUUAUUAUUGGGUUUAUACGGGUCCAGGGGCUGAAGUUCAAGACGGAGGAGCAAAGCGAUUUGAACGAUAUUCUUUUACGCGUCUCAGCCUUUGGUUUAUUUACAUAUGCCGUCUUCAGCGUCAUCGCUGGCCAUUUGAACGCAUUUACAAAAGAACCGAACCUACUGGUUAUGAUAACCGGAAUUCUCUCAGUCGUUCAGGUCAUCUUACAACUGUUAUUCAUAGCAGACGUUUCUCGUCGCCGGGUACAUCUUCCUGAACACGACCGAACCAAGCCAGGGCGACAGGUCGUCACAUUUCUUCUUAUCUGCAAUUUGACGAUGUGGAUAAUUUACACUUUCGAAACACAAAAGGUCGAAGCGAAUCCCGUGCAGAAAGAUUUCUAUGGAUUCCUGGCUUGGGCCAUAGUUCAGCGCAUAACAUUGCCGCUGUGCAUCUUCCACAGGUUCCACUCAGCCGUAACUUUGGCAGAGAUUUGGAAAACCAGUUACAAAGCGAGGUUAGAAUAAGUUCCCUGGAUGUGUUAAUACAGGAUGUGAACGUUUACGGAUAUCAAAAUUGGCUGAUCUCGGGUUUGCGAACAAGUUUCUAUCCUUAAGAGAGCAGAGGUGAGGUUGUAACAUUCAACAAAUUUCGUCGAUAUCGUGGCCAAAAUCGAAUUUAAAACGUAAAACAACCUAUUAACGAAAUUUGUAUAGAUUAUAAGAUUGCUGGCAUAUUGAAUUCGUUGUAUUUACCCUGUUUUGUGAUAAUCUUUAAACAAUAAGUACGUUAAUUUUUAUCUUGUGUAGCAAAAAUUAUGUAAAUACAUGGUUAAUUGGUAAGUCUGAUAUUUUUGCUCAUGUACAUAAAGCAGAAGUUUUAAGUUUAUGUUGAUUUGUUUCCUUUAAAUAUUUAUUUAUUUUUGUUAUUUUUAUACCAUGGACCCCUUAAAAAAUAUUUAGAAUAGAAAAUUGUUAAUUUGUCUCCGUUUCUUGUUUUGACUUGAGGUGCGGCCAAAACAAAAUAUCCACAUAUAUUUUUGCAAAUGGUGUUUUUUAAACAAAAGACUGAAACUAACUAGUCAGCUAUUACAUAUUUAAUUCUAAAACAGUUUUACAUUUCGCAAUAUCAUCCCCUCUUAUGUCAUUUUCGAUGAAUUAACAAUUUUAAGUAAAUCGCCUCAGACGUUACAGCGAAUAUUUCUAAUAUGUAUGCGCAUUUAUUGUUUCAAAUUCAAACACAGCAUCUUGAACUUUCUGGAAAUGGAAAUUCUGGAUGGAGUCGUACUUCUCAAAUACAGCUUUCCACAACAACCAAUAAAAUAUUACCAUGUUACUGAACAUGUGAAUGAAAUGUGAAGAGUUAUUUCUGCGUGUAUAUAAUUAAUUUUAUUACCAAAAAGUGAAUUGGUUGCUGCUUCUGUCACCAGUAUUAUUUAAACGGCUUGUGGGUUUUGGAAACAAAAUGUUUUAAGUCCCUUUUGCAAAUAAUAUAAUAUGCUCAAUAUGAACAAAGCAAGGCAAAAUCAAAUUUCUAUGGUGGUGGUAACGCCUUUAAAUUCUGGUAAAAGCAGUUGUGUGCGUUUUUUUUGAUAGGUUACUUGAUUGCUUUUGCCGGUUCUAAUACGAAAGUAUUAGUGCAAGCUCUGUUUAAAGAUCUUGUGAUAGGGAUUGUAUGUGUACUUCAUUGACCUCAUUAUUUUCAUCAUAUUUUCAACUUGCCCACAUCAGCAGAUUAAAACGUACCAUAUUACUGCAGCAUUUUGGACAUCUUAUUACCUUAAUUCACUUAAUUAUUAGCGGUAAUACAAAUUUAUUACCGGACUUGUAUUGGGAUAAUUUUAGAAGCAAGUAUUUUAUGCAAAAUUUGAUUUCAAACGGUUGGUGGAUCAAUCGCAAUAAAAAUGUGGUAUUGUAUAAUCAAUAUUUUGGAAAUAAAUUUGACUGGGAGGGAUCAAAAUGAAAUACAUUUUAACAAAAUUCCGCAGUUAGGUAACUGACAACUUAUUGAAACUGAAUUAAUGAUUUGUUUUUAUUUUGUGAUGAUUAUAUUGUUCGAGACUUACUUGGCGAAAAUUCCACAAUUAUUGUAGAUACAUAUAAGUGAUCAUGUUGAAAGAAUCGUAAAAUAAUUUUAAGCUUUUUAUAGUAACAAUGAAAACGUGGCUCAUUGAUUACUAACACUUAUUGUGAAAAAUGUCUCUAUAUGUGUGUUGUCAAAAAUUAAGAUUAAAAACUAACAAUGUUAUAGUAUAGAAUAAGAUAUAUUUGUAUAUAUUCAAUUGUCAAUAACUUGGUUUUCACUUAAAUCGCCCAUAAAAAUGUACUUAUAUAUAUAAUACCAAAAACUCAUUGCAUCCUAAAUACUUAGUAUAUAUGUACCAUCUUAAAUACAAUUAAUACAUGUUACCUUUAAGAAGAAAAUGGGAACGAUUUAAAAUAUAAGUGAUAUAAAUUAUGCAAUGCGUAAUUUAUUUUUUAUUUCUUGAAUUUCAAAACCAUGCACAAAUAAAAUUUGAUUGGGAACAUCACCUUACAUUUUAUACUUAAAUAUAUCACUUAUCAUUUUAAUUAACAAAAGAGAGUAGCAUAAAGGUGUGCUCAAAAUGUGUCCAAUGUUAUAUUGCUAUAGCACGAGCUUUGGAAGAGUCGUUUUUAAACACUGCCGUAUUUCUUGUAAACAUUUUUAGAAAUCAUUAAGUCCAUCCGGAUACAAUUUGUUGUAUCGGUAAAACCGCUCAUUUCGUUACAUUUAAGUACAUAUGCUCCAUUUCAGAUACAGUGUUCGAAUUAUUUUAAUGAAGCAACUUCUUACAUUUGAUAAUCUAGAAUAAUGUGUGUGUAAUUACUCAAUUUUCAGAGUGU